ACUCCCUCCCACAGUGAACUUGCUGUUGCCCUGGAGCUCACUUGUUUGAAUAGGGGCUGAAUGACUGAGCUGAGAUCACUGCGGGCUGGGAAGCAGGAAAGAAACUUUGUUGUUCUUCAGCUUUCUCCUUGGGAUAUGUCAGUUUGGAAUUUAUUAUGAGGAUUUAUCCUGGCUGGACCUUGCGGACAAGUUCACCAGCAGACGGUGUCAGUGAAGAAGGAUGGAGAUAUAGAUCUGACAUCUAAAUGGAAGCAACAGUAAUUAGAAUUGCCAUCAUCAUCUGGAGACACUAAACAGUUGUGUCUACUGGGCAUUAUCUGGACACGCCUCACUGCAGGCUCACACCUGGUCAUUUGCACUACAGUAUGUGUAGGCGGGAUGACCGCUGCUUCAUGACUACUGCUUUGAAAUGGGAGUCUGAGGACAGUAAAACAUUCCACGCUCUAGAGUUCUGAGCUUCUUGUGGAAACAAAACACAGAGGCGAGGUCUGGUGUUCCGGAAACUGACACUGUCACAUUUUCUUCUUAGCAAGCUGCACGCUGGCAUUGUUCCUUACCGGUGUUUUCUAAUUAGAGCUGGAUCUUUCCUGGAGGAUUUACCUGUAGAUCAUUGGGAACAUUUAAGUAGAACCCGCCAUGGCGAUACCAUCUCCAAAAGCGAACUCCAAGAAGAAGUCUCCUCUGUCUUCAGUCAUUGGAGAUGACCCCAACUUUGUUUUUCUGUUUGAGAACAUUGUAGAUGUUGUGGAAAGAUGUAUGAGUUCAAUGCAAGCCGGUACACAAAUGAUCAAGCUAAGAGGUAGUUCCAAAGGUUUGGUUCGUUUUUACUACCUGGAUGAACACAAAUCCUGUAUACGGUGGAGACCAUCAAGGAAGAAUGAAAAAGCCAAGAUAUCAAUUGAUUCUAUUCAGGAAGUCUGCGAAGGGAAACAGUCAGAGAUUUUCCAGCGCUAUGCUGACGGCAGCUUUGAUCCAAACUGUUGUUUCAGUAUCUACUAUGGGGAUCGCAUGGAGUCUUUGGAUUUGGUGUCAUCGAGUGGAGAAGAAGCUCGGACAUGGAUAACGGGUCUGAAGUACUUGAUGGCAGGCAUAAGUGAUGAAGAUAGUCUUUCUAAACGUCAAAGAACUCGGGACCAAUGGUUGAAGCAGACGUUCGAUGAAGCAGAUAAAAAUGGAGAUGGCAGCUUAAGUAUAAAUGAGGUUCUACAACUGAUGCACAAAUUGAAUGUCAACCUGCCUCGACAGAAAGUGAAACAAAUGUUUAAGGAAGCAGAUACUGAUGACAACCAAGGAACUCUUGGCUUUGAUGAGUUCUGUGCAUUUUAUAAGAUGAUGUCCACAAGGAGGGAUCUGUACCUGCUAAUGCUGACCUACAGCAACCACAAGGACCACCUGGAUUCAGAUGACUUGAAACGAUUCCUAGAAAUUGAGCAAAAGAUGAUGAAUGUAACAAAAGAACAUUGCCUGGACAUUGUUGCUAAAUUUGAACCUUGCCCAGAAAACAAAAAGGAUGGAGUUCUGGGGAUUGAUGGUUUCACCAACUACAUGCGCAGCCCAGCAGGAGAUAUCUUCAAUCCAGAACACUAUCAAGUGAAUCAAGACAUGACCUUGCCACUCAGCAACUACUUCAUUGCAUCUUCUCACAACACAUAUUUGAUGGGGGAUCAGCUCAUGUCUCAAUCCCGCGUGGACAUGUACGCCUGGGUUUUGCAGACUGGAUGCCGCUGUGUGGAAGUUGACUGCUGGGAUGGACCAGAUGGAGAACCAAUUGUCCACCAUGGGUAUACCUUGACUUCUAAAAUACUUUUCAAGGAUGUCAUCGAAACUAUUAACAAGUACGCGUUCAUAAAAAAUGAGUUCCCUGUCAUCUUGUCCAUUGAAAAUCACUGCAGUGUGGUGCAGCAGAAGAAAAUGGCUCAGUAUUUAACGGAAAUCCUAGGAGACAAGUUAGAUCUGUCUUCUGUGCUGAAUGGCGAUUCUACAAAGCUGCCUUCCCCGGAGAUCCUGAAAGGAAAGAUAUUAGUGAAGGGGAAGAAACUGCCUGCCAGUAUUAGUGAUGACGCAGAAGAAGGAGACGUUUCAGACGAAGACAGUGCCGAUGAGAUUGACGACGACUGCAAACUCAUAAAUGGCGAUGCUUCCACCAACAGGAAGCAAGUGGAAAACAUAGCUAAGAAGAGACUUGACUCUCUGAUGAAGGAAUCCAAAAUUCGGGACUGUGAGGAUCCUAACAAUUUUACUGUCACCACUCUGUCACCUGCUGGAAAAAUCAGCCAGAAGCCAGAAUUAAAAAAGAAAAGUAACUCUGGACCUGUAGUGGAAAGACAUUUGAGUAAGACGGAAGAGGAGACUGAAUCUGGUGAAGAACCUAGUCCAAACAAGCGUCAAAGCCGUUCUUUGAUGGGAAGUUUUUCCAAGCGCAAGAAAAAAGGAGGCCGUAUUAAAAAGUGUUCCAGUUUGGAGGAAGGUGAUGAUAGUCUAGAUCGACAAGGAAGCCUAGCGAGAGCGUCGUUACAUUAUAGCAGAAUAAACAGGCAGAAGAAGACCAUGAAGCUUUCAAGGGCACUGUCAGAUUUGGUGAAAUACACAAAGUCUGUGGGUAUCCACGAUGUGGAAACAGAAGUCUCAAGCAGCUGGCAGGUUUCUUCAUUUAGUGAGACGAAAGCUCAUCAGAUCCUUCAGCAGAAGCCAGCUCAGUUUGUUAGAUUCAACCAAUACCAGCUUUCUCGCAUCUACCCUUCAUCCUACAGAGUGGACUCCAGUAACUACAAUCCACAGCCCUUUUGGAAUGCUGGUUGCCAGCUAGUUGCUUUAAAUUACCAGUCGGAAGGAAGGAUGCUGCAGUUAAAUCGAGCGAAGUUCAACAGCAAUGGGAGCUGUGGUUAUGUCCUGAAGCCGAAAUGCAUGUGUCACGCUGCCUUUAAUCCAAAUUCUGAAGACCCCUUACCAGGCCAGUUAAAGAAGCAACUUGUACUCCGAAUAAUUAGUGGCCAACAGCUUCCAAAGCCAAAGGACUCCAUGUUGGGAGAUCGUGGGGAGAUUAUAGAUCCUUUUGUAGAAGUUGAGCUCAUUGGUUUGCCUGUAGACUGCUCCAAAGAACAAACUCGUGUUGUGGAUGACAAUGGCUUUAAUCCAAUGUGGGAGGAAACAUUGGUGUUUACUGUUCAUAUGCCGGAGAUCUCCCUAAUCCGCUUCCUCGUCUGGGAUCAUGAUCCAAUUGGCAGGGACUUUAUUGGGCAGAGAACACUUUCAUUUAGUAGCAUGAUGCCAGGUUAUCGGCAUGUGUACCUGGAAGGUAUGGAAGAGGCAUCCAUCUUUGUUCAUGUAGCAAUUAAUGACAUCAGUGGUAAGGUCAAACAGGCCGUGGGCUUAAAAGGACUGUUUCUGAGAAAUCCAAAACAAGCGUCUCUGGACAGUCAUGCUGCUGGACCGUUUCAUCGGAAACAUUCCAUUAGUAGUCACUUAUUGAGAAGAACUGCCAGUGCUCCGACUAAAGGCCAGCAAAAACACAAAAAGGGCUUUCCAGAAAUUGCAAUUGAUUCCAAAGACAACAGCUCAGAAGGAGCAAGUGAAGAUAGGGAGACAGACGAUUCCUCUAUACCCCGCUUUGAUAAAGAGUCUGAAAGUGCUUCUCCAAUUCUUUCGUCACAGGAUGGUACUCCCACGGGAUUACAUAGAAAGAGUCUGAAAGGUAAGAGGUUAAGCUCUGGUAAAAGUAAAAGCCAUGUUCGUAUAUCUAGGGGGACGACGUUCAGUGAAUCAUUGCGGAGGUCUGAUAGAGGUCCUCAUCUGGAAAGUCCUGUUCAUAAACCAGGUGUGUUUGCCCGCUGUGCAAUGAAUGGCUCAGGUAGGAUCGGGAUGGCAACCAACUGUAUGAAAUGUAUGAUUGGCUCUAAAGAGAGUCCAGAUUUAGACUGUAAGUGGAGUGAUCACACCAGCAGCAAACCUGUUAUACAUGAUGUUUCCACUCAUGAGCAGUAUAGUGGUGUACAAGAAGAAAGGUUAGAAUUGAAAUAUUACGGUAUCACAGAUCAGCCAAGGCGGCAGCAGACAGACUUACUAGCUCUCAAUGACAAUGGGAAUGCUGAUGACCCACCCAGAAACUCUCAGUCCAUUGUAAUACCGGGAAAGAAAAAUGGAGACUCCAAAUGUGCUGGGAUGAAAAGUCAUCCUAGACAAAGAUGGCAAUGCCAAACAGGUGGCAGGUAUGGAAGUACUGUCAAUUUGGUCCCUGUCGGCAGUGGUUCAAUAUCCUCUAACUCCAGCAGCCUAGAAAGCGUUGGAAGUCCAGAAUUGUCUAUAGGCUGGCAUGAAAAUUCUCGAAGGCAAAUUGGCACCCUACAAGGGGAAAUGAAUGCCUUAUUCAUUCAAAAGUUGGAGGAAAUUCGAAGUAAAUCCCCUAUAUUCUUCACUGAUUCCAGACAGAUCUCAAUUUAUAGGUCAGUCUCUUCUUUAUGCAGUCUUGAAACUAUUACAGAAGAAUCCACCUUUGUUAAGGAUACCCCUCUUCCUGGUCCAACAUUUCUCCAGCCUGUUGCCUCAAUCAGAAAUGAAGACUGCAAAGGGUGUGAUUCAAUGGGAUCUCAAGCUGAAUGUCCCAGUGUAGCCAGUACCACUGACAAUAUGCACAGAACAAGCAAACUGAACACUGACCCUGCCAUAGGCAAGAUAUUUAUAGUGGCCAAUGGUCCGCCUCCAGAUACUGAAAGAACACAUGAAAGACCAUGCAACGAUAAAAAUGCAAAUGCACUCACUUAUGCCAAUGGCAAACAUGAAACCACAGUUUCCUUGAAAUUUACCAACAUAAAGCCAGGUAUGUCUUUAUUAGCUGAUGUUUCAAGAGAUGGCACCAAACGCUGUCAGUUAAGAGAGAGUCAAGGGGAACAAUUUUGUUUUCAAAGAAACAGCAGUUCCGAGGCAAAUAAAGUUACUAAGCCUCCAGAACCGCAAAUAAGGCUCAACACAACAAAACAGCCUUUAGUUUCUGCUGUUACAAGACCAAGGUUUGACCAACUUGUCCAGCAGCCAUCCCUCGCCCGUGCUGGCCCGCCUGUACCUGUGAGAAGAAGUAAGAGUGAAAAUCAUGUUACUUCAAAUAGCUCCGCCUUAAGUUUAAACUCUGCAUGUCAGUCCCCUGUGGCAGAGGUGUAUUUUGAUGCCACAGUCAAUGAUAAGAUAUGGAGCAAACUAGAAAUGAACAGUCAUAGGGACAGCAUGUCUUCGUCUUCCAGCAAAUCAUCCAAUGAUACAGUGAUUGACUUGUCUUUACCCAAUUUAGCACAGAAAAGUUUGCUCAAUCUUGAUAUACCUGAUGGUAACUUUGAAAGUAUUUGUUUACAAAAUACCAUACGACCAAGGUCAGCGACCACUUCAGCAAGAGAGAUUUCUUUAGGAGUAACAAAAAGCAAGUCCAACCCUAAUUUAAUUUCCAGCAACAAAGCAAUAGAUGAACUUUGUCCUAGACCACUGGCCAGAGGUCCUGAAGAAGUAUUGCCACCCUUACCACGAAGGAACACUUGGAAUAGACUAUAUGUAGACAGUCUGAAACAGACAACUAGGAAGUCCGCCUCUGAUAACAAACCAUCAACCACCCAGUCAAUGUCCAAAAGUCUUGGAGAUUUGACUUCAGAUGAUAUUUCAUGUAAUUUUGAAAGCAAAUACAGAAGCAUAAGCAGAAGCUUUAUUACACGAUCAAUGCGAGGCCAGAGGAGACCAGGUGGCAUGAAUGCUUCCACAAAGUCUACAGAUUCACUCACAGAGCAGCUGAAAAAGUUAACAAGUUUUGAGAAAGAAAAUGAUAUAACUUCUCCCACUGAUUUUCAUCCUGUUCAGUAUGAGGAUGAUGGCAUAAAUCUUCUUCGGAGGACAUCCUCCAGAAGUCAGAGCCGAGUAAGGUACAUAGCCAACAGAGCAAAACAGGCCCAAGAACGGCAAAGACUUCAGAAUCUUGUAAAUGGCAAUUGUAUAGAAGAAAGAGGAAAUCCAGAAGGAGCUUGUGCAAUAAACAAAGGGUUCUGUAUGGAUUCUAUUUCACCAACCCAGUUUACAUCAGAAUGUUUGGACAGGUUUGGACAAUAAUAAUAUAGUUAUGUGACUACGUAGCAUUUACAGUACAUUCAUGCAAACCAUGUAUAUGAUAAAGUUGUCCAUGCAAGAUAUACCUCGAUGGGAACAAACAAAAAAAUAUAUUCUUUCAUUUUGGGACUGGACUGCAGAAAUUCUAAAGCACUUAAAGAACUGUAUAUAUUUUUAAACUGAUAGGUUUACAUUGGGUUUGCAAUACUACACAAGUCGCUUUUUGUGUUUCCCAGCAAUGUUGGUUCUGUCGUCCAUGGAGGUCUCUACUCUCCUCCGACACUCAUUAAGAUAACCCCAGGCCAUUCGGGAUCAGUAUCAUUGAUUGGCGGCCGGGAUGCCAGCCUUCAGUAUACCGACAGCAGCAUCUCGGCCAUCAGUAUGCUGGCAGCAGGGCAAGAGCAAAGAGUCCCCUUGCGGGCUCGCUGCACUCACCACAGGUUCUAUUCCCACUCUAUGGGUGCUGUGGACACCUACGAGCGGGUAUAGCUCCUGUGUGCCAUGAUUCUGGAUGUCGGUUGUCAGGCACCGGUAUCAUGGCCGCCAGGAUCCUGACAGCCAUCAAAUUAACUGCAUCCUGGCCAUUCCUGGUCUUACAGCCAGUAUGUUAACUUUUUCAGCACUGCUUACCAAUGUGAAAUGUGAUCUUUAUAAAUCAUUGCUGUAUAUAGCACCUUUAAAUUACACUUUUAUUUUAUUUUUUGCACUGCCAUAUACAAUUUUUUAAAUAUGGCAUGUUUUAAAACAAAAAAAAAUAUUUUAAAAUUGUUCCUAAUGUAUUACUGCAAAAAAUGAUAAAACAAUUUUUUUUGUUUAAUCUUUUUCACAUUUUUAGUUUUUAAAGAGUCAUUUAUAACAAUGCCCUAGACCUAGAUGUACAUUUUUACAGAGUGGAUGUAACAAAAUGUGUUUUUUCUUUUCCAUACGUCAUUUAUUACAUUUUGUUUUUAAUUAAUGUACUUUAUUUUAAUCCUUGGUUAAACUAACCUUCAUUAUAGUAAACAUUUUAAGUUUGUA